AUGACAAUUAAUAAAAUUAAAAACUGGAAAAAUACACCACAGCCCACAGCCCACAGCCCUACAGACCACAGCCCACAGCCCCAUAGUCCCACAGCCCACAGCCCACAGUCCCACAGCCCACAGUCCCACAGUCCCACAGUCCCACAGCCCACAGUCUCACAGCCUCACAGCCCACAGUCCCACAGCCCCACAGACUCACAAUCCACAGCCCACAGUCCCACAGCCCACAGACUCACAGUCCCACAUCUCCACAGCCCACAGUCUCACAACCCACAGUCCCACAGCCCACAGCCCUACAGCCCACAACCCCACAGCCCACAGCCCACAGUCCCACAGCCCACAGACCCACAACCCACAGUCCCACAGUCCCACAGCCCACAGUCUCACAGCCCACAGACCCACAGACCCACAACCCACAGUCCCACAGUCCCACAGCCCACAGCCCACCUCACAGCCCACAGCCCACAGCCCACAGCCCACAGCCUAAACACUCACGUCCAAUAA